AAAAACAAAAUGUGCACUACCAUGGACAUAAAUGAAUGGGUGGGGUCUCAGGAGGAUAUAGACACCAUGCAGUGUUAAUUUAACAUUGGCAUAUUUCCUGUGUAUUAAUUAGGGAUCCGUCACUAAGCCCGUUUUCUAUACCCCCUUGUUGUUGUAUAUUUUUGUGCGUGUCAUAACAUGGUUUUCAUUUAAGUUACUGUAAGAAUCAGCCCUUAACCAUGACUUAAGCGAUUUGCAUUUGAUCAGGGAAACACAGCCAUGUGAUCCACCCUUUGCUGUAAUUCAGGUGUGUUGGGCGUGUUUCAGCUCCAGGUGUAAACUGAAAGUAAAACUAUGGCCAGAUGGCAUUUCAUGUAGGAAGAUAACAGCGUUAAUAAAAGCGGAUAUAGUCUGUUUGUAAAAACGAAAAUAUACAGCAAAAUUUGUCCUUGUCUUAUAGAAACAGUUCUUUGUACAAGACUUAAGGUGGCGAUGCAGAUCAAUACUUUCAGCGCUAUUUUGAUCGUGUUCAAGUUCGUCAUUAACUCUGAUGGUUUCCUGCUACACGGCUCUGCUGGUCCUCUAACAGCCCGGCUAGGAGGAGCUGUACUGCUGCCCUGCUUUGUGGACAGACCCCUGCCUUUGGAGGAGCUGGAGGUGGACUGGAGAAGGACUGAUUCAGACACCAUCGUGCACCUAUUCCAGGAGGGUCAGAGCAGACCUGAAUCACAGGGGGACGCCUACAGGGGCAGAGCGCGCUUCUUCUCUCAGGAAAUCCCCAAAGGCAACUUCUCUCUGCUGCUUGAGGGAGUGAGGACUGCAGAUGCAGGAGUGUACAAGUGUGUGGUUUAUACAGAGCAGGAGCAACGUGAAACACGGGUGGAAAUACAGAAAGCAGGCAAGUGAGCCUUUCUGUUUUAUGGCUUAAGACACAUGGACCCAGAGGCGUAGGUUUCUUAUUAACAUUGGGGGAGGCGAGUAUAUCGGGGUGAGAGGUGUGACGUCACCAGUGAUGGGCAGUAACGCGUUAAAGUAAUUAGAUUACUUUUUAAGUAACGGAGUAAUCUAACGGCGUUACAUUGUAGAAGGCAGUAAUCAGAUUUUAGUUACUACCCGACUAACGCGUCGUUACUAUUGUGUUGCAUUGAAGACGUCAGAUUAGCCAGUUUUCUGCAAAAAUAAUAAUAAUGAAAUACAGUUGCAAAAAUCAUCAAGCAGCCACGCGCUGCGCUAUGUAACGUCAUCAAUCCGAGACGCAGCCACACAAACACUGCAGCAUGAAGAGACCACCGGAGUGAGAAAAGGGUGCUUUUUACGUGUGGAAAUACAAACAUUAUUUUAAAUUUGUUGAAACUAAGGGCAAAAACAUAGUUGUACAGUGUGUCUUAUGUGCGGGAGACAAAAGAUUUUCAACCGCUAAGAGUUCAACUUCAAAUCUAUCUAAACAUCUCAAAGGACAACACAGUGCUGUUAGGCUAGUGGAGAAAGCGGGGUCAGUCCCCGACACA